CGCGAGGCGUGGACCCAAGGGACUGUAGACAGACCCCAACCUAACUUAUAUGCCAGUUCUUUCCUGCCCAGCUCCCAUCAACUCAUCUUCCUACCACAUCAUAUCACUGCAAUGUUGUCGCAAUCAUUCUUCCUGCUUGGCGAUGCUCCUGCGUCCGCAAGGCUUAUCGACGCUGACGAGAAUGUCUCUUUGGACGACUUGAAAGACCUUAUUGCAUCGAAUUUCGCAAUCGUUGUCGCUGACGGUGUCGGAUUCACUCGUGGCGGUGACAGUCUGUCAAAUGUGAAGGAAAUCCUGUCAUCUCAGGAAGCGAUCGCCAUUUCCGUGGAUGGACACGCAGUUCGCGAUGUACCUGGCCCAAAGGGCUUGCCUUACGUUGGUAACUAUUUCGACGUGUACCCUGACCACCUGGGCAAUUACCAGCGCCUGUUCGAGCAGCUUGGACCUGUGAUCCAGACUAGCAACAUGGGACGAACGACAUACCACACGAAUGAUCCAGUCAUUGCGGCGAUUACACUCUCCGAGACAGAUUUCUUCACCAAGAAGAUUAAUGAGGCGCAUCCUCUGUACGCUCUCAAGUUGCCAGAAGCCGGCAUUUUUGCGACCGACACCGACACACCUCAGUGGAGGCUGGCACACAAGUUUUUGCCACCGGCGUUUGGUCCCAGGGCUGUCCGUCACUACGCCCCGACCAUGCAGAAGACUGUCGAGAACGCGUACAAAGUCUUUGACGAGCUCGAGUCGAUUGGUCAGUCGUGGAACCCGUACCCCUACAUGAUGAAGCUCGCUUCGCAAGCUGUAGCCGAGCUGGUCCUCGGCAUGGACUUGCAAAACUUUGCAGACAAGGACGCUCCUAUGCACGAGAUAGUCAGUACCUUUGCUGAUAUACUGCACCUGAACAAGAAGGUCUCUUCCUACGGCUCCUGGUACGCUGACCUGCCGUUUGGUGAUCCCAAGCGUCUUCGCACCUGUAAGGCUCGCAUGUCGUACUUGAUUGAUCUCCAGAUCACGAAGGCUCAGAGUGCCGGUGUGCAGGAUCUGCCGUUGCAGGAGGCUGCCGAACAAGCGGCGAACGUGAUUGACUACGCAGUUCGAGCCACCGACAACAAGGGGGAGAAGCUUCCAAGAGAAAUUGCAAGGGAAUCACUCAUGAUUGUCGCGGGUGCUGGAUUCACCACAACCUCCUCACUUCUCUCAUGGCUGCUGUACGGCUUUGUCGCACAUCCAGGCGUACAGGAGAAGCUGCUGCAGGAGCUUAUUGACAAUGACUUCAAUGACGAGAUGGAAGUCACCCCAGAUUUCACGGACAAGCUCCCCUACUUAAACAAGUACAUCAAGGAGAUACAUCGCCACUACGGCACAUCCUUCCAGCCUGCACGAACCGCCAAGGUCGAUCUGAUACUGCCUGGCGGCUACAAGAUGCCAAAGGAUUCAGUCAUCAUCGCUUCCAUAUACAACAUCCACCACAGCCCCGACUUAUGGGAAAACCCGGCCAAGUUUGACCCCGAGAGGUGGGACACUCCGGAAGUCAAGAACCGCCACAAGGGGACGUAUAUCCCUUUCGCCUCGGGUCCCCGUAUGUGCAUUGGUUUCAACUUCGCCCUGCAGGAGAUUAAAAUCUUCUUGCCUAAGCUGAUCUACCGCUACAAGUUCAUCAAAGAUAGCGACGAGACUGUCCAGUAUGAUCCCUUGUAUCAGCUCAUCAGGCCAAUCAACCUGUACCUCAGGACGGAGAAACGCGUCAAGCUACCGCCCAAGACAGAAAUUGAUGUUUGAUCUCAGCCAGUCCGCCGCCAGAGCGCAUUUCUCUCGUCUUGUUAUCAUGCUGUAGCGUAGUCUUGCUAGCAUUAUUUAGAGUAAUUGAAUAGACUUUUAUACCAAC